AUGGGCGCGGCAAUCCUCAAGCAGGACCGACGUGUCAAAGUCGUGGCGCUGAAGCGGACCUACGCGACAGAAUUGCGAGCCCCAUCACAGGCCAUGGAGGUUAUUGCUGGACGGCCGAGAUCUCCGCUGAUGACCACGCACAUGGAGUUUGGAGUUCGGAUGGUCAUUGACCUUGACGCCUGCUUCUUCUCUCCACGCUUGGCCAGUGAGCGACAGCGCCUUUGCCAAGAGGUGCAGAAGGAUGAACGCAUACUAGUGGCUUUUGCCGGCUGCGGCCCGGAAGUCCUUCAGCUGCUCUCUCAUACCGAAGCUGCAGAGGUCGUGGCUGUAGAGCUAAAUGCAGCUGCAGUAAAAUGCCUCCGCCGAAGCUUGGAGAUGAUGCACCUUUCCAGUUCAGAUGAUGUGAGUUAUGGGCGGGCCUCUGUUAUGGAAGGUGACGUCCGACAGGUAGCCCGAACCCUUCCGCAGCAACAUUAUCACCGUAUCCUGGCACCCAGACCCAAAAAUCCAGGAGAUGGUGAUCUUGACCUGGGGGAUGGGGGCCAGGAGUUCCUAGAUGCCCUUCUACCACUUCUUCGGGAUAACGGGACCUGUUACUGGUACGACUUUGCCGCAGACUGGGAGCUACCCGCCUGCGAGCGAACUCGCAAGAUACUUCAGGAUGCCUGCGCUCGCCACCACCGAGAAUGCCACGUGGCACGUGUGGCUGCUGCAAAUCGCCGGACCAUUGCUGAGCGCCAGUAUCGGGUGGUGGCAGACUUUCAGGUGUCCCGUGCCAGUCCGAACGGGCGGUGA